UGUUUUGGCUUUGUUUUUAGAUAUUUAGUCUUGACAGAACGUAUUAUUAAAAAGGGGUUCCACACUUAAUACUAUCUGUAACACGAAAAAUAUCAAGACUAUAACCAUGGACGAUUCGAAAGAAAACAAAACACAAACAGAAAAUACGUCGGAUCAUUAUAAAACAGACAAUGAGUUACCAGGCAGAUUCGAGCACCCAGAUUGGAUAAAAGGAUACAGCACUAAAGACCCGCACCCAAUUUACCGAACAUCAAACAUGGUGUACGGUUCUCGUUCCCCGAGCGUCCAUACGGUACCUACGUCAUUCAAACCACGCACACAGAAGUUUUCUACACACCUAGGCCUAUGCGGGAUGUAUAAGAACAACUCACUUAACACCUACAUGGAGAAAAGCACUGUCACGGGGCCGGACAACGCCGGACUUACUAAAAUGAAUCCACUCAACUUUCAUAAAAGUUUUUCCGCCAACCCGAAUGUUUAAAGACAAACUUUGAAAUUCAAAAUGGGCGAUCGCAUUCCGGUAACUAGAUUAAUACUGUACUACCAAUUUGCCGUUAUAUUAAACGGGAUACCUACAUUUACCAAAUAGGAGUAUAAUUUUAAUAUCCUAUAUGCCUUAACACUAUAUAGUGUUAAAAUGAUUAACUUCGUAUGUAUCUUAUAAAGAGUCCAGUUUAAGACGUGGACCAGUAUUUAAAUUAUAUAUUUUGCUGUUACACUUUUGAUGAACGCUAUAACACGGCCUACUAUCUCUAUUGGCCGUGCGGGUUUAUAUUGUAUUGAUUUUAUGUCAAAUAUAUUUUAUCUUGCAACA